UAAGGACUUAAGGAAAUACCCAUUGAAGUUAUGGUGCAAGGCCUAUUUUAGAACUGAAGUUAAGUGUGAUACAGUAGAUAACAACCUAUCUGAGGCUUUCAAUAGCAGCCUACUGAAAUGCAGAAGUAAGCCACUGAUUCCCAUGCUUGAGGAUAUCAGAGUUGGUAUGAUGAAAAGAAUAGCAAAGAAAAGGAAAUAUGUGGAAAGGUGGCAUGGUAUGAAAUUUUUAAUUCCAGAUUUCAAUCAUUUUGUACCAUGUAUGACUUGUAAACCUGUUUCACUUAUAUAUUUCUUGCUAGGGAAAUUUGGACCUAUGAUUAUGCAGAAGCUAAAUAGGAAUGUUUUAGCAAGCCAAGGUUGGCAUGUUGACUUCAAUGGUGAUGAUGGUUACGAGAUAAAAAUGGAAGAUAGCCGUUCAAGGUGAGCCUGAAUAGAAGAACAUGCUCUUGCAGAAGAUGGGAUCUCAGUGGUGUUCCUUGUGCUCAUGUCAUCUGUCCCAUAUUGGAUAAAGGGGACCUUCAAGAAGACUAUGUGCACAAUUGAUACUCCAAAGAGCUAUAUAAGAAGACUUAUUCUUAUACCUUGCAACCAAUAAAUGGAGAGCUCUUAUGGCCUAGAACAGAACAUGAAGAAAUCAUGCCUCCUUUACCAAAAAAGAUGACUGGCAGGCCCAAAAAAAGAGGAUAAGAAAGGAAAGUGAACAACCUACUUCGGGUACAAAACUGAGUAGAAAAGGAAGGAUCAUGACAUGCUCCAAUUGUCAAGUAGAAGAUCACAACAAAUCUUCUUGUACAAACAACACCACAACUAGGGAACCCAGAGGGAGAGGGAGAGGGAGAGUAGGUGGUACUGAUUCAGCUGUGUCAAGGGGUGUGAAUGAUCGAUCUAGAGGAAAGAGGAAAAAUUUAGGGCGUGGAGGCCAAAGGGGGGAGGAUUGGAACAAAUGAGGCUUCUGCAAGUCAGAGUGAAGUUGUUGGCCAUGGAACAAGUGAAAGGGGAAGAGGGGGUAGGUUGAGAGGGAGGGGGAGAGGGAGAGGGCAAAGGGCCUGAAGACAGACAGGUUUUGGGGUUUACUUUAAUGCUAGCACUGGUGAAACAUUGGUGGAUCCAGGACAGCCAAGUGAAAGACUUGUUGGAGGAACUCCAUGAAAUGGUAGAGAUGAAGUGAAGUGCUAAAGUGUGUGUGUGGAUGCGUGAAGAUGAUAAGGAUACUCAUUUUUUGCCUUUGCUGAACUGAUGAAGUGUGUGUGGAUGCGUGAAGAAGAUAAAAAGUGUGUGUGUAGCCCAUGUGUUGUUGUCCUUUUUGUGUCCUUUAAAGUGGGUUGUUGUGACCUUUAAAGUAGCCUUUAUGCUUUUUUGUUGUUUUAUGGAUGUAAGGCCAGAUUCAAAGUUGGGAGUGGGGUAUUACAGUACCCUUUUAUUCCUGGACAUGAUGUUUUUG